AAUUACCUGUAUUUGCAUUUUGGUCCCUGUAAAAUCUCGUAAUUCCUCUCUGUUUUUAUCUUUUCCACGCUCACAACUUCCAUAAAUUUACGGCAUAUAUUUCUAAUCCCACCUACCUUGUUGUAUUUGCUAUACUACUCCAGGAGAUUCAAGGCUCCGUGCUGUACAUAUGGAUUGUGGUUUUGGUGAAUCAAUGGACGCCUCUUCUUCAGCUGACGUAGCGUACGAUACAGGGAAUUUCGAAUGCAACAUCUGUUUUGAACUAGCGCAAGAACCAAUUGUGACGCUAUGCGGCCAUCUCUACUGCUGGCCGUGCCUAUACCAAUGGCUCCGGCUCCACUCACAUUGCCACGAGUGCCCCGUUUGCAAGGCCAUUGUACAGGAGGAGAAGCUGAUCCCUAUAUACGGAAGGGGGAAAUCAAAUUGUGACCCUAGGUCCCGAUCGCUCCCCGGCAUUCCUGUUCCAAAUCGACCGAUGGGGCAGAGACCACAGACUGCCCCUCGUGUAGAUAUGAACUAUGUCCGACCAAACGAGCUGGACCCCAUCACGGGAGCCAUGCCGAUGGCAGCUGCAAGAUUCGGCCACCUGACGCUGUCGACCCUCUUUGGCGCCCUGCCUGCCAUCUUCAACCUCCAGGUGCACGGGUUCCACGACGCCACCGUGUACGGGGCCACCUCCGGAGCCCCCUACCUGUUCUCGAGCUCCUUUCACGGAGGCUAUGUUCAUGGCUUUCAUAACUAUCAUACUGCUCCAAUAGAGUGGAAACCAAUUCUUUGGAAGAUUAUAUUUGUCCUCGUCGGUAUUUUCCUACUCCUGCAUCUAAUUCUUGCAUGAUGACUCAAAAUCAAAUCUGGUGCAGGACUUAGAAACUAAGUUAUGCAACUGUAUAUUUUUAGUUCAAUAGGAAUAUUCCACUUGUGUGUCACAGACUAAAUAAUAUAUGAUAGAUAACAGUUUAGUGAUCAGGGACUACGCUUUCCUGUAGCUACUACGACGUCGUCCGCUUCAGUUUUCUUUGCUCAAAUAAAAAAUCGAAUGCGGAUUUUUAUGUAUCUCUAGGUUGAUCUGUAAUUACCUCGCCACCUAAUGGAGUAACUCGUUAUGUAUUUA